AGUCAGGGCAGUGAAGUGGCUCUGAGGGAAAAGGCAUGGCGACCUGAGUUCCCGUCCCAGGAGCGAUAUGGUAGGAGGAGUGCUAAUCUUUGACCUCCACAGUUGUGCCAUGGCACGCAUACUCACACAAAUAAGUAACUGCCCAGAUAGAAGUUACCAGGAAGAGUGGAAAAGAAUUAUCCUUGCACUUACUGUCACAGUGAUUGAAAAAACAUUUGCAGCUUCAUAUCCCCCGCCCCCCCCCCCCCCCCGCACACACACACACUUCCUGUUUUGUUUGUUUUGUUUGUUUUGGGUUUUGAAUGCUAGAAAGCAUUGAGAACACUUUCCAAAUUGUCCCAGAUAAGUUCCUCUAUGACGAGAGGAAGGAGACCCCAGACCAGACCGUAACCAUGACAAACAGGAGACAAACCCCAGGUCAGCUAUGAGCAGCCUUGUUUUGUGGGUGCUCUACACUGCUGAAGUGAAUAACAGACCCAUUAAUGAGUAGUCAGGGCUGCUGGUCGAGACAGCUGCUUCCUCUUCCUCAACCUCUCUGGCCUAGAAAGCAAACAUUUCACUUUAGGGUGUUCAGAGACCUUAAUGUCUAAUGCCUAACUGGACUUUGAUAGCAGGUUUGUAUUGUAUUUCAUCAAAAGUGUGUUUCUUAGCUGUUUAUUCUAGUUACCGAGGGGCAGAAUGCCACAGCAGAUUUGGGUGACCCCUUUCCUACGUGUUUCCUGGGUGAUGAGUGGAGACCAGACACAGACAUGCCUGGCUGCGAUGGAGAGGGGAUAACAGGACCUAGUUUAAUGAGCAGACACUAGGGUCCGACUUUGUUAUAAACACUUCCCAUGCCUUGUAUGAUGACCCCCCCUCCCUAUAGUCUUCUGCAUAUGACCCCGUUCUCACAGGUGAGGAACAGUCUCUGAAUAACUUCCUUAGGUUCAUAAAGCCACAGUGCAGGACUUUGAACUACAGCGUGGUCCAGUCCCCCUUACCACUGGGGUAGUAAAGACUGUGUAUGUAAUGUGCUCUCUUACCUUAUUGCGUAGCGCUCUGAGCACUUAUGAUCCUUAAAUAUGGUGGUUUUGUUUCCUGAAUAUGGAGAUGGCAGAAGCCUUAGUGUUGCCGAAGACAGGAUUCAUUUAUGACAACCAAGAUCCGCUCUGGAGAACUGCUCUCCCGUGAGACAAGAGAGGCUCCUCUCCUGCUGAAUUCAGUCACUGUGCUCAGUCACACCGAGAGACAGAGAAGAUGUGUCUGUCAACUCCUGCCUGGGCUUUGGGGAGAAAACUAAAGGAGCCUUUUAGGAAGAGGUCUGGCCUCAGGCCUAAGGGGUAGAGAGCUCUAAGUUCUCAGCUACUAUCAUGCACAGGAGUGUGGGUACCGAUCCUGAGAGGGGCGCCCGCCUGCAUGGAUGGAGUACCGACUUUCCCACAUGAAGUACAGGGGGAUUGCUACUGCUCUGCUCUGCCCACUCAUAUCCUCAGCCAUGUCAGCUCAUCCUCUGAUGUACCUAUGGCUGUUCCCCAGGCAGUCUCAGCACCCAGUAAAAGGCUCAGUGGCUGCCGAGAACACCCUACCUAUGUGCUCAACAGAUUUUCCCGAAAGCAUCCCCACAAACUUGUGACGUUGGCCCUCGGUAGCUCUAGCUCCUGCUCUGUGUCUUCUCUGUACAGCUGGAUCAGAAUGGGACUCACUGGGAGACUCCAGCUGAUGGGACCAUCAGCCCACAGGCAGGAGUUCUUGAUCAGUUCUGUUUCAGCUUAGAGAAUCGUAAGGUGGUGGUGGUCGAACCCGUCUGCCUGGGGCUGACCUUGAAGGAAGAAGUCUGCCAAUAAUGGAGGUUUUUAGAAUCAUUUAGGUGCGUGUUGGAACAAUUCAUUCAUGCCAGGGUGUUCCUCAGGGCCAGUGGAGUAGAAGAAUUUUGUGUUCAAGGUGGGUGGGGAGAUGAUAAUUCAAGAGAGAGUUUUCUGCAGGAAUCUUAGAACAUAGAACAUGACUGUGGGGGGGUCUUGAUUCUGUAAGAGGGCAGUAGAUUAUUCUGCAGCUCCCACACUUACGGAACCCCCGGAUCCCUGCUUGUCACAUGUUCUGGGACCUUAUACUUCUUCCAAGUACAUGGUGGGAAAGAACCCAGGAGGUGGGCGGGCUCUCUCUGCAAAACCCAGACCCACCCCUUCCUGUUUUCUGCAACAACAGACCUCACUUCCUAUGGCCUCAGUCUCCCUGUCUGUGAAAUACAAAUAAUAAUGUUCAUUGCUGUAUAUAAUGUAUGCCAGCUAUAUCAUUACAUAUCAUUACAGCUCCCUCUAGUAAGAAUAUAACCCCCCCCACACACACACACACAUACACAUGUAUGCAUCCCUAAAGGUUUGAUCCUUUUGAACUAGGAAAAUGAUACUGAGGUCUUAACCUGGGGGAAUUCUCAACAGUUUCCAGCUUUAACAACCUGUGUAGUCAUCGUGGCCACAGAGUCAUCACUAAGAUUGAAAUGUUGACUUUGACUAAAGGGGAAAGACCAGUGGGAAGAAAGAUUCUGUUAUCCAACCAGUUUGAGCAAGUUGAAGUAGAAAAUGUCAAGUUAUGAUACUGUGUGACAGGAGACAGCAAACAUUUAAAACCCAGGUGUCUUAGAUAAUGCUGCGACAGGCAGAAGAUGGUGGGUCAUCCUUGUCUAGGAAGGCUGAGGAGAAAGCCACAUGAGCAGGGGCUCACAUAAAGAAGGCAACAGUUCCUUUAUUCAAAGCAGUGAUACAGAGCAUGCAUUGGGUGAAAGGGACACUUCUGUAUUCUGCUGGUUCACAGGCAAACAGGGCUGGAUUGUAAACAGGCUAAUGAAAAACAACCUGUGGAAUCCCGGAGAACUCAAGAGUUAGGUCAGCAGUCUCAGAUUGGAAGGCAUGUCUUCAGGGCUGGGCUGGAGCUCCAUGGAGCACAGUGUGUGUGUGUGUGUGUGUGUGUGUGUGUGUGUGUGUGUGUGUGUGUGUGUGUGUGUGUACACGCCUGUACAUGCAUGGGCACGCACUCAACACAGGAGGGACUCAGGGAAGCUGCGAAUGAGUGAUCCCCACCAUGUAGAAACGGGAUGCUUAGCUGCCUGCCCCUCCACACACAGACCCUUGGUGAUCACAGACAGUGACUACUGCAAAUUCCUCAUGCCAGUCGCCCUCCCUUACUGGCCGUCCCCCUUUUCCACACCCCCUCCAAUGGUCCAGAGCUCGUGGUCUUAGUAACAGAGGACUUCUGACUGUAAUCCUAGCGCGUCACUUUGUUGAAGGCAAACACGUGGUUUGGGGAGCACAUAUAAAACUCUGCUCCGGGCAGAAUCGUGAUGUUAUCUGCUGGCAGCAGGUUUGCUCGGAGCAGAGCUGCUGAAACUGCCGGCAGGAGAGCGAGUGGGAGAGAAAGAGAGAAGGCGCUGAGAGCUGAGCUCUGGGGCAGGCGUCAGGGAUGGAGAGAAGUAUUAGGGUUUAAAGAGCCAUUCUGGAGCAACCCAUCUGCGGAGAGAAGGAUCGGCAGAGGUCUAUUUUAGGGUCGCAAGUACCUACUUACCCUAAGCGAGAAAGUGCAACCUUGGUGGAAGCUAGGAGAAGCUAGGGAAGGGUGCGAGUCCCGGGGCAGCCCGCAGCCAACGCGCCCAGGAGGCGGUGUUGUUCCACAGGGGUUAAGGAGGUGGCCGAUCGCUGUCGCCCUUGGCCGCCUGGAGCAAGAAAAGGAGGAUCUGAAGGACCGAGCUGGAGGCUGGCCCUCUUUGCAGGCAGCAGCGGCGGCUGCAACGUGGAGCGACCCAGCCGGGUGUAGGCCACAGCGCGGCCGGCAGGAGCGGGAUCCUCGCCGCCUGCUCCGGCCUCUGUGGAUCUCCGGGGCGGACAGUAUCCCACCGAGUCUCCGAGUGAGCCGCUCCGGGGCGCAUCUGCCUCCCCGCGGCUCGCCAGGCUCGCCCUCGGCGCGCGCGCACGCACGCGCGCACACGCGCACACAUCCACACGCACACUCAUCCACACACGUGUGGAAGGCAGGGCCGAGCCGCUCGGUCUUUGAACUUCUCAGUUAGAGCCCGGCGCAGCCCCGGCCGCCGCUCAGCGCUCCCCGCGGCCCUGCGUGCCUCCUGCCAGCCCCCGGACCUUCUCGUCUCGUCCCUUUUGGCCGGAGGAUCGGAGUUCAGAUCAGCCACUCCGCACCGAGCCUGACACACUGAACUCCAUUUCUUCCUCUUAAGUUUAUUUCUACUUCAGAGCCACUCACCCUCUCCCUUCCAGGAGAAAAAAAAAACAAACCUUUCUUACUCCUUAAAGUGAGAGAUUCCCCCCCCACCCCGCCCCAGCAUCGCAUAUUAAUAUCUCCACGUUGGGAACGCGUUGCAUUUUCUUUUUUAAAGGAAUCCCAGCCAGGGACGUUUUUCUAUUGGGCAUUAACUUUCGACUGCUUUGCAAAAGUUUCGUAUUAAAAACAACUCUACCUGACCGCUCUGAGAAUUACUAGUUUCUUUUUUAUAUAUAUUUUUUCUUACUUUAAAUAACAACAUCAACGUUUCUUCCUUUUAAAAACAUGCACUACUGUGUGCUGAGCACCUUUUUGCUCCUGCAUCUGGUCCCGGUGGCGCUCAGUCUGUCUACCUGCAGCACCCUCGACAUGGAUCAGUUUAUGCGCAAGAGGAUCGAGGCCAUCCGCGGGCAGAUCCUGAGCAAGCUGAAGCUCACCAGCCCCCCGGAAGACUAUCCGGAGCCGGAUGAGGUCCCCCCGGAGGUGAUUUCCAUCUACAACAGUACCAGGGACUUACUGCAGGAGAAGGCAAGCCGGAGGGCAGCCGCCUGCGAGCGCGAGCGGAGCGACGAGGAGUACUACGCCAAGGAGGUUUAUAAAAUCGACAUGCCGUCCCACCUCCCCUCCGAAACUGUCUGCCCAGUUGUUACAACACCCUCUGGCUCAUUGGGCAGCUUUUGCUCCAGACAGUCCCAGGUGCUCUGUGGGUACCUUGAUGCCAUCCCGCCCACUUUCUACAGACCCUACUUCAGAAUCGUCCGCUUUGAUGUCUCAACAAUGGAGAAAAAUGCUUCGAAUCUGGUGAAGGCAGAGUUCAGGGUCUUCCGCUUGCAAAACCCCAAAGCCAGAGUGGCCGAGCAGCGGAUUGAACUGUAUCAGAUCCUUAAAUCCAAAGACUUAACAUCUCCCACCCAGCGCUACAUCGAUAGCAAGGUUGUGAAAACCAGAGCGGAGGGUGAAUGGCUCUCCUUCGACGUGACAGACGCUGUGCAGGAGUGGCUUCACCACAAAGACAGGAACCUGGGGUUUAAAAUAAGUUUACACUGCCCCUGCUGUACCUUCGUGCCGUCUAAUAAUUACAUCAUCCCGAAUAAAAGCGAAGAGCUCGAGGCGAGAUUUGCAGACUGGAGUCACAACAGUCCAGCCGGCGGAAGAAGCGCGCUUUGGAUGCUGCCUACUGCUUUAGAAAUGUGCAGGAUAAUUGCUGCCUUCGCCCUCUUUACAUUGAUUUUAAGAGGGAUCUUGGAUGGAAAUGGAUCCAUGAACCCAAAGGGUACAAUGCUAACUUCUGUGCUGGGGCAUGCCCAUAUCUAUGGAGUUCAGACACUCAACACACCAAAGUCCUCAGCCUGUACAACACCAUAAAUCCCGAAGCUUCCGCUUCCCCUUGCUGUGUGUCCCAGGAUCUGGAACCACUGACCAUUCUCUAUUACAUUGGAAAUACGCCCAAGAUCGAACAGCUUUCCAAUAUGAUUGUCAAGUCUUGUAAAUGCAGCUAAAGUCCUUGGGAAAGCCAGGACACGAAAAUCACGGUGACAAUGACAUAUAAUGACAACGAUGACGACCAUGAUGUUUGUGACAGGAGGGAGGGAGUUUUGAUUCAUCAGUGUUUAAAAAAAAAAAAAUUGGAGAAAAAAAAUCGGUACUAGUUCAAACAUUUUGCAAGCUUGUGUUCUGUUUGUUAAAACUGGCAUCUGAGAUUACAGCAACAACAACCACAAAAAUGGAAGGCGUUAGUCUGCAUCUCACCUACUUCCUAAGAGACACAAAAAGAAAACAUCUUUUUUUUUUUUAAGGAAAAAAAUAAACACUGGAAGAAUUUGUUAGUGUUAAUUAUGUGAAAAAAAAAAACAUCAAAACAAAACAGGAAAAUCCGUUCAGUGGAGUUGUACGUAUUGUUUCCAGCCCGCAUUUCACCCCACGCCUCUCCUGGUUCCUCUGUAUUGCUCUCUGCAGUGGGUGCCCUCCCCGUCCCUUCCUCCAAGCUAACAGUGGGUUAUUUAUUGUGUGUUACUAUAUAAUGAACCUUUCAUUACCCUUGGAAAACAAAACAGGUGUAUAAAUGGAGACCAAAUACUUUGCCACAAACUCAUGGAUGGCUUAAGGAGUUUGAACUCAAAUAAGCCAGGGGGAAGGAGGUCAUAGUGGAUGACCCCCUGUGAGUUGUUAUAGGACUAAGCAAGUCUUCUGUGGAAAAAUCAAAGCCCCAGCAAACACGUGUCUGCCGAAGCUUCAUGGACGCCAUAUGCCCAGAAGGCCUGUUAACAAAGAAAACUUGGAAUCAGUGGCAAUCUGGAAGAUUUUUUUUUCCUUUUAAUUGUAAAUGGUUCUUUGCCAGUUUAAGCAAGCCGGUGAAAUGUUGACCUGUUUUGAUAUGUAUUGUCAGACUUUUGACCGUGAAGUGGCUGUUGAUCUACAAUACAGGUUUUUCCUUUGUCUUGGUAUAUGUAAUUACAUGGAUACUAUUAAAAUAGACGGGUCUAGAAGCCAGCAUGAUUGAAAACACACUGCAGAUCUGUUUUUCCAAACUAUUAAAUCGAAACAGUAACUACUUUACAUGUAAUGUGUAGAUCUUACCACAUUUUUAAUAUUCUGUAAUAAUGGUUAUGAUUUAGAUUGAACUUAAAUUUGGACUUUUUUUUUUAAUGAUCAUUCAGAUUGUAUAUUUGUUUCCUUUAGCUGGCCAGUACCUUUGAAUAAAACCCCUAGAUUUUGACUUGCACUACAAAUUCAAUUUUUUUUAUAUACUAUCUUCUCUGCCUGUAUUUUAUGUAUUGUCCAUUUAAUGACAUGAGCUACCUGGGUCCAUUCCUCCCCCAACCCCAGUUCCUUCUAUUUUCCAAAAGAUAAAAACCAAAGCCCAAAAAGCUAGGUUUGAGCUCCACAGUGUUUCAGCCUUUUCUGCGUCAGUGUGAGUCAUGUGGCGGGUGAGCGGUGGGGCUUCUGGGAUGGAUGUUCUGUGUGAACACAGAAGAUUGCGCACAAAUGUAGGCUUAGCUAGGGUUUAAGAAUCUCAACUCAGAGUCUUAGUGACUGGGCUAGGAAAAGUUUCUUUAACUCCUAUAUUUAUGGACUCUCUUUGCCGUUCAAAAGCAGACAGUUCAAAGGAAGCACCUUUUUCUUUAAUUGGUUUUUUUGGUGCUCAUGGGGUGUAUUAAAAGACACACAGUUUGGUUGAGUUUUUCAAAGGGGGAAAAAGUCCAGGCCAGCACUCGUCAUUUUAUUCAUAAUUUCAUCCAUUAUUUCCCUGAUUUCAUUGAAAUACAGGUUUUGAAAGACAUUCUUUGCAGGCUGAUUAAAAAAAAAAAAAAAAGCACAAACCAAAAUUGCCCUUGUCAAAAUAUCCUUACACACACACACACACACACACACACACACACACACCCAGCAGUCAUGCUCUUCAGCCGAGGCUCUGGCUUUCAUUUGGCUUGAGAUGGUUGGCGAGCUUUGCAGGGUGGGUAUCCUCGUCACAGAGCUUCAAGAUAUAAACCAGUCCAUGAAAUGAUGGACUAUUUGUGGUCUCACCCGAAGGGCCGCCCACUGAGGUGUGAAUGCAAGGAGAAUUUCUUUGAAAUUGUACACUUAUCUGAGGAGCUGUCCUUGAAUUCACUAAGAUGAAGAACGAAAUUUGCAAGCCAGAAGACAGACAGAGAGCAACUGCUAGUGAAUGGCCCCCGUGUCGGGUGCAACACAGCCCCAGAUCUGCCCCCUGGGCUCCAAUUCUUUCCCCUUCCACUUCACUGUCACUUCUGUAUAACUCCCCACCACCCCCACUUCUGCAGAUAUUUUCCUCUCGGAUAAAAUAACAUUUUUUGUUUUGUAUGAUUUGUCUCUCCUUCUGAAUGCACUGACUGCUAUUUUAAGGGUUCUUGAAUCUUUUUUUGUUUAAGUCUGUGGGUUCUACAGGUCUUCUUUCCCGUUAGUAAAUAUUGCCACGGGAGCGGUGGUAGUAGGGAGGGGAGAGGGGUGUUAGCAUAUGGGUGGGGCAGCAGGUUGUAUUUGUUAAGCAACAGUACAAUGAUAUGCUUGGCAUGGAUUUUAAAGAAUGGGAUAUAAGAACAGAUGUUACGUGUUUUGAUGACCAAUUAUGCUGUAUUUUUUAACACGAUGCAUGUCCGGUUUUGUGGUGCUCUAGUGGUAAAUAAAUUAUUUCAGUAACA